AUGUUAUCACAGCAUGGAGAGGUCUCGGUGGCGCGGCGCGGAGAGGGUAGGCGUCGCGGCGCGAAGGGGCAGUACGACGUGAAGCUAGAAUGCACCGCAGUGUGGCAUGGCCCCGCGGCGACGAGUACGCAUAACAGGUCUAUGAACGUGCGUGGAGGGGCUAAGCGGAGUGCAUCGCGGCGUGAGAAAAGCAGCGUACCGUGGCGCGGGGCAGCAGCGCGGCGCGAGGAGAAUAACACUCAACGUAAUGACGCGACGUGGGAAGGUGCAGCGGCGCGAGGAACAACUCUGCCGCGGCGUGACGGGUCUUCGCGGUGCGGGGCUGGAGGGUGUCGCAGCGCACAGCGUGAAGCAGCGUGGCCCGUUAAAUUCAGGUGUGUCCUGGGGCCGGUUGUGCCGAAAUUCGUGGUCUCGGCGUCCUUGAGCUCCGUUCUCACUUCCGGCAACAUGAUCGCGGCGGCGGCUGCCGGCUCGGGCUCCGUUCAUGGAGCCGUGUCUUCGGCUAUCACACAAGUGGCUGUGACUGCAGUGGCGAUUGCCUCUGGUGCUUGUCUCUCCACGAAGGUGGACUUUUUAUGGCCUAAAGCUGACGAGCAACCAGGAUAUCGUGUUCUGGAUGGAGUAGAGGUGACUGGGUAUCCGAUAUUUGACGAUGGAAAGGUGCAGAAGGCAAUUGCUUUUGCUAGGAAAGCUCAUCAUGGACAGACAAGAAAGACAGGAGAUUCAUACUUAUCUCAUUGUAUUCACACGGGAAAAAUAUUGGCUGCUUUAGUUCCACCAAGUGGUAAAAGAGCUAUUGAUACAGUUGUAUCUGGAAUCCUGCAUGAUGUAAUAGAUGACACUUGUGAAAAUUUAGAAAGCAUUGAGCGUGAGUUUGAUGCGGAUGUUGCAAAGUUGGUUGCUGGAGUCUCUAGACUAAGUUACAUUAAUCAGUUACUUCGCAGGCACCGCAGGAUGAAUACGACUCAAGUUACAUUCAGCCAUGAAGAGGCAAAUAAAUUAAGAGCAAUGCUGCUAGGCAUGGUUGAUGAUCCACGUGUUGUUCUCAUAAAGCUUGCAGAUCGCCUUCAUAAUAUGAGAACAAUCUAUGCCCUACCGCCUAGCAAAGCUCAAGCUGUGGCUGAAGAGACAUUAGCUAUUUGGUGUUCACUUGCUUCAAGGCUGGGUUUGUGGGCUCUUAAAGCUGAACUUGAAGAUUUGUGCUUUGCAGUACUUCAGCCUAAAGUAUUUCGCCAGCUGCGAGCGGACCUUGCUUCCAUGUGGAGCCUUAAUACAAAGCCAGGCAAUCUGAGAAGAAUAUCUGCAAAGUCAAAUGCUAGUAUACAAUUCCAAGAAUGUGAAGAAACUGAUGGACUGGAUGACGAAUACACAAGCAUGAAGGUUCUUCUGCAAGCAGUCCAUCCAUUUGAUCUCUUAUUGGAUAGAAAAAAACGUCUAGCUUUUUUUAACAAUCUUGCAACAUGCUCGGAUACUUCUAAAAAACCAAAGGUUGUGAGGGAUGCUGCCGUUGCGUUGGCAUCACUAGUAGUUUGUGAGGAAGCUCUGGAGCGGGAAUUAUUUAUCUCAACCUCUUAUGUUCCAGGCAUGGAAGUGACUCUAUCCGGGCGCCUAAAAAGCUUGUAUAGCAUCUACAGUAAGAUGAAGAGAAAAGAAGUUGGAAUCAAGAAAGUAUAUGAUGCCCGUGCAUUGAGGGUCAUUGUUGGAGACAAGAAUGGGGCAUUACAUGGACAGGCAGUACAAUGUUGUUACAAUCUACUUAACAUCAUACACAGACUGUGGACCCCUAUUGAUGGUGAAUUUGAUGAUUAUAUUGUCAACCCGAAACCAAGUGGCUACCAGUCGCUUCACACUGCGGUUCAAGGGCCUGAUUUCUUUCCUUUGGAAGUUCAACUAAGAACACAGCGAAUGCACGAGUAUGCUGAACAUGGACUUGCUGCACAUUGGCUUUACAAGGAAACUGAGAAUAUAUUGCCCUCGAAUAUCUUUCUUAAUGAUUCUGACGAAAGGGAUUCCUCUAGUUACUCUGAGGAAAUAGAAAAUGAGGCUUCUGUUGGUGCUGACAUGUUACUGAAAUAUAGUUCACUUAAAGUAGGGCAUCCAGUUCUCAGAGUGCAAGCUGGCCACUUGCUUGCUGCAGUUAUUAUCAGAGUAGAUAAUGAUGGUAGAGAAUUGCUUGUUGCUGUAAGCUUCGGGCUGGCAGCCUCUGAAGCAGUAGCUGAAAGAAGAUCUCCUUAUCAAUUAAAACGAUGGGAAGCUUAUGCAAAUUUAUACAAAAAGGUGUCUGACGAAUGGUGGUUUGAACCGGGACAUGGGGAUUGGUGCACCUGCUUGGAGAAGUACACUCUAUGCAGAGACGGAAUUUACCACAAGCAAGAUCAAUUUCAGCGACUUUUGCCUACCUUCAUCCAAGUCAUUGAACUGACAGAGUGGGAAGAAGUCGAGUACUGGGCAGUUGUCUCUGCUGUUUUUGAGGGUAAACCCACUGCCCCUCCUGCACCCAAUUCAAGCUAUGAGAAGACUGGGUUUGCUUCUACUUCAGCUUUGCUGGAUACUGGCAUCAACAACAAGGUACAACUGCUGAGGACAAUGCUACAAUGGGAGGAGCAACUGCGAUCAGAAGCAGGGCUCGGGCAAUUUGGUGCAAACACAAAGUAUAGAAAUGUGGGUGCAGUUUCUCUAGAUGAAGUUGCGGUGGUGUGCUGGCCCCAUGGGGAGAUAAUGAGGCUGAGGACUGGGAGCACUGCUGCUGAUGCCGCUAGAAGAAUAGGGUUAGAUGGGAAAAUUGUCUCCAUAAAUGGGCAGCUAGUGCUGCCUGCCACAGAGUUGAAGGAUGGUGAUGUGGUUGAGGUCAGACUAUAA